AGCUACGAGUUGGGUUUGCACAGGUCCCUUAAACUAUUUCUGAUAAUUUUUAAAUAUGAAGUGAAUACCACUUUAGCUGAUUCAGGGUCGAUUCGUGUACCCAAAUGUACUCGUUGUCGUAACCACGGAGUUGUGUCCUCUCUCAAAGGGCACAAACGCAAUUGCCGUUGGAAAAAUUGUCGCUGCCCGGCUUGUUUAUUGGUCGUUGAGCGCCAACGAGUAAUGGCAGCUCAAGUCGCUCUAAGACGAAGACUGAUCGAUCAACCGGAUAGCGUUUCGUUGAACACGCUCAAGCACGGGAAAGAUAAAGCAAAGCCCCACCCCACACAUGAUCAGGGAGGAUUUGUGCUUCGUAUAGAAAAAUAA